AUGGCCGAUAUGACCCAGGUCCCCAUCAACGGCAACUAUGCCGCCCAGCAUGGCUUCCCCGAUGCCUUCAACCCCGCCCACGCUGCCAUGAACACUGCCGCCAACUUCCAGCCCGCUCAGUCCUCCACCCCUACCAGUGCCACUCCCAGCACUGAUCAGCAAAAGAACGAGAUUACCAAGGAUGAGGUCGGCUGGUUCUUUGUCGAGCAGUACUAUACCACCAUGAGCCGCAACCCCGACAAGCUGCACCUCUUCUACUCCAAGCGGUCCCAGCUUGUCUUUGGCACUGAGGCCGAGUCUGUGCCCGUUGCCAUCGGUACCAAGGCUAUCAAUGACAAGAUCAAGGCCCUUGACUUCCAGGACUGCAAGGUUCGCGUUCUGAACGUCGACUCCCAGGCCUCCUUCGACAACAUCCUCGUCUCCGUCAUUGGCGAGAUCUCCAACAAGUCCGAGCCCUCUCGCAAGUUCACCCAGACUUUCGUUCUGGCUGAGCAGCCCAAUGGCUACUACGUUCUCAACGACAUCUUCCGCUACCUCGUCGAGGAGGUUGAGGAGGAUGAGAGCGUCACCGAGGAGGUUACCCCGUCGGUCACUGAGUCUGCUGAGGUCGUUGAGACUGCCCCUGCUGUCGAGGAGGCUCAGGUCACCGAUGAGGCCGUUGCCUCCAAGGUUGAUGAGAAGCUGGAGGAGGUCAAUGGCGAGACCGAGCAGCCCGAGGAGGUUGCCCCUAAGACCAACGGUGCUCCCGUCGAAGAGGUUGAUGAGGCCCCUGUGCCCGUUGUCGAGCCCGAGGCUCUGAAGGAGGAGAAGCCCCAGGCUCCCGAGCCUUCCCCUGCUCCCGAGCAGAAGGAGGUCCCCGCUGAGAAGAAGACUGCUGCCCCCGCGGCUCCCGUUGCAGCUCCCGCUGCCCCUAUCCCUGCUGUCCCCAAGACCUGGGCCAGCAUUGCCUCCAAGGUCGGUGCUGCCAAGGCCGCUGCCGCUGCUGCUGCCGCCCCGGCUGCCCCUGCUGCUACUACUCCUGCUGUUCCCGCUCCUACUCCCGCUGCUGCUGCCCCUAAGGCUGCUGCCGCUCCCGCCCCUACUACUGACUCGGCUGCCACUACUCCUCGUGCGGCUGUUACUCCUGCUCCCGCCGAGAAGGAUGCUGCCUCCACCGAUGGUGCUGGCUGGCAAACCGCCGGUGCUGACCACAAGAAGACCCAGUCUCGCGCUGGCGAGGACCAGGUCGUUCAGGGUUAUAUGAAGAACGUUAAUGAGAAGGUGGACGCUGGUCUUCUUAAGCAGACUUUGACCCGCUUCGGCAAGCUCAAGUACUUCGAUGUCAACCGUCCCAAGAACGCUGCCUUCGUUGAGUUCGCCGAGCCUUCCGGCUACGCUGCCGCUGUUGCUGCCAACCCCCACCAGAUUGGCACUGAGCAGAUCAUCCUUGAGGAGCGCCGUCCCCGCCCCAACACCUUCGGCAAUGGUUACCCUGCUGGUCGUGGCCGCGGUGGCCGUGAUGGCCGUGGUGGUAGCCAGGGUCGUGGAGGUUUCCAGCGUGAUGGCCGUGGUGGCUUCCCUCCCCGCGGUGGUCGCGGUGGAAAUGCGGCUCCCAAGCCCCGCACCGGUGCCCCUGCUGCUUAA